GGUGCCUACCACCCGGACACCCAUACAUCCAAACACCUAUAAAUCUGGACACCCAAACAUCCAGACACCUCAUUUGUACUCGUACAUCGAUGGUGGCAUCACGGCAUUACAUUUCACAACUCGAGGCUCUACGACUUCAACUCUUCUUCUGCAAACCAAUUGACCUCACGCCCAUUCAGCGUAUCAGAUGUCUCUCAAGCCCAAUGCCAGAGUGGCCGUGAUCGGUUCGGGGAUAUCUGGUCUAUCGUUCACCUAUUUCCUCUCGAAGCUGAGACCAGAUGUAUCUAUAACGGUAUACGACAGUCAACCACGAGUUGGUGGUUAUAUCUGCUCGCAACUCACUCCAAUUGAUGAGGCACAUGUAACUUUGGAGAAAGGACCAAGGACUUUAAGAGGUGCUAGUGAUGGUACUGUGCUGAUCAUAGAUACACUGUUGAGAUUGGGUCAGAAAGACAAGAUUAAUGUCAUCAAGUCCGAUUCCAUAGCCAAUAGGAAGUACUUAUUGUCUUCCGAGACUCUGCUUCAAGUGCCUAACAGUUUCAAGACUCUGAUCCGAUUCUUGAGAAACCCAUUAGGCAAGGGUCUUAUACAAGGGGCUCUAAAAGAGCCCUUUGUGAAGGCUUCAUCAAAGGAUGACGAGAGCGUGAGAUCCUUCUUGACAAGAAGAUUUGGACAUGCUUUGCCGGACAACGUUCUAAGUGCUGUUUUCCACGGCAUCUACGCCGGUGAUAUCGAUAAGCUGAGUGCUAAAUCGACGUUGAAAUCGAUGUUCAACUCCGAGAAGAAGUACGGCUCGAUCAUUAGAUCAAUCUUCAAUAAGAAGGACAAGCCAUCUACCUCAUCGCUGUUGAGCGAUUAUCAGGAGAGAUUCAAACCAGAGGGUUACAGCGUUCUUGAAUUGUCUAAAUUUUUGAAGAACUUCCCAAUGAUAACCAUGACAGAUGGAUUAUCAACUUUACCUUUAUCCAUUGCAAAAGCUUUAGAAGCACAACCGAAUGUCUGUUUCAAACUGAACACUGAUGUGAACUCACUUGCUAUAGAUUCAAAUCAGGUCUCGGUGAACAAUACCAGCUACGACCAUGUUAGAUCGACAAUCAAUGCGUCUAAGCUGUUCCAAUUGAUUCAGAAUUCUGAAACCGGUGCAAUUGCGUCAAAGGUGCAUUCAAUCAAUAUCUUGCUGAUAAACUUGUACAUAAAAAAGGACAUCUUACCAUACCAUGGAUUUGGCUAUUUAGUGCCGAUGUCGAACCCGAACCCAUUUGGACUAUUAGGGGUCAUUUUCGAUUCAGAGGUUGAAAAAGGUUGCGUACCACUGUUCAACGGAUCAACUGUAUCAUUUGAUAAAGAGCAGGUGGAUGGAGUUUACAGCCCAGCUGACUAUACAAAGCUCACCAUUAUGUGUGGUGGUCACUAUCAUGAUGAUAGACCGUUUGAUGGAGAUAUCGAUGCUUUGACAAGGAAUUGUAUUGAUGCAGCUGCCAAACAGCUUGGUAUAAGACUGAAUACAGACAACACUCAUAUUGAAAAGACAUACAUUGAAAAAUGCAUUCCUCAGUAUAAUGUUGGCUAUGAAUCAUUGAAAAGAGACUUCGACAAGAAGAUACAAUUAGAAUUUAAGGGGAUGUUAUCCCAAGGUGGAAUGUCGUUCGGUGAUGGUAUUGGUGUUCCAGAUUGCUUUGGCCAAGGGUAUAAAGGCGCAGUUGAAUUGGCCAAGGGAGAGAAGAUUCAACCGUGAUAAUAGAUCUAGUACAGGGUAUAGUAAUGGAUAUCUAUUGUGAAGCUCUCAAAUCAGUCGAAUUGAUACCAUAACGUUCGCACAUUUGUCUGAAGAUGCCAUCUUGAUUGAACAGGGCCCAAGGUGUGUCAAACUGUUCCACUUUGCCCUUUUCCAACACAAGAAUACGGUCAUAAUUCAAGAUAGUGUUCAGCCUGUGUGCAAUGCACAGGAUAGUACAUUCGCUGAACUCUUUAGCAAUGGUGUUUUGGAUCUUUGCGUCUGUUUCGUAGUCGACACUGGAGGUGGCCUCAUCCAGCACUAGGAUCUUGGAGUCAC